UAUUUAUCUCCGCAAGAGGAGUAAGAAAUUUGACUGCUUUUGAGCCUCAAUCAGGCAGUAUUAACAGCACAUAAAAUCAGCCGAGAGCAUCACAAAACUCCAGAAUAGACAGUUGGGAAAUAGAAUGUUAAAAAAAAAAAAAACAGAAUUUGGAUGUAAUUGGGGGUGUUUGAAGGUUGUGCGGCUUGUGCCUCGUUGUUGUGUCAUGGACUUAGCUUGGGUUUUCAUGUGAUCUUUUUUUUGAACAACAAAAGAAGAUUUUAUUAAUCACAAGCCCAAAGCAUACAAGGAUUAAUACGAGAAAAGACAAAAGAAUGCCAUCACAACUCGAGGCAACAUCCCAACUAUAUCGACACUCUACCACAUAACAAUCACACGCCCACAAUGCCCCCAAGAGAAAGGAAGAGAAACCAUACAGAGUUACCCAGUAGGCAGGCAACCAAACAAAACAAAGGUGAAGUCAUUUGAUGGAGAUCAAUGGUGGCCGGAGCAUCACAUGAAUCAAUAGCUAGACCAACAACUGAAUAAGGCUGCUGUGUAAUGGGGUCGAUGACUUAUCACGUGUUCUUGAGCUUUAGAGGUGAAGACACCCGCAAGACCUUCACCGGCCACCUCUAUACCGCUUUGUCAGGUGCAGGUUUUCACACGUUUCGAGAUGAUGAUGGGAUUGAGAGAGGUAAAAAUGUUAAGUCAGAACUGGACAAGGCUAUAAAAGAAGCAAGGAGUUCAAUAGUUGUGCUUUCCAAAGACUAUUCUUCUUCCGGAUGGUGCCUUGAUGAACUCAUGAUGAUUCUCGAACGCAAGAGGUCAUCAGGGGCCGGGCAUGUAGUUCUACCUGUCUUCUAUGAUGUGGAUCCCUCUCAAGUUAGGAAGCAAACAGGGAGCUUCGGAGAUGCAUUUUGUAGACACGAAGAGCGAUUAAAUGCGGAAACCAACGAAAGUAAAAAGGAGUACUUGAGGAAAAAGGUGCAAUUAUGGAGGGGAGCACUUAGAGAAGUUGCUGAUCUAGCAGGGAUGGUCUUAAAAAAUCAAGCUGACGGGGAACAGAAACAAUUGAGGGCCUCUACCUUGACAUGCAUAAUGUGUUGGAGGAAGAUGGUCAUCAUGUGCUGGACGCAAAUACUCGGUUAAGGGAAUUUUUUUGUUUUAGUAAUGUAAAGCGUCCCCGCUUCGAAGAACUUAAUCAUGAAUCAUUGUUUUCUGAACAAGGUUAUUCACUGAAACGGCAUUGUCUUAGUUUGUUCAUUUGGCGCUCAGUAAACAAUGUGGGAAGAAG